AUGACCGGAAGGCGAGAAGAACCGAGAGGUUCUCAAAUAAAUCGCCGAUCUAACGCCGUAUCACGAUCUACGACUCUCGAAAAAUAUAGUGAGCCAAAUGGCGUAGCAACGCCACAACCGUUGGGAGCGAAGGACCAUAAACCGAGUAAUGUGGCAUCUGCAAUCGUGCAGUCGACUGUGCCUGCUUGGCUGAAUAUUGUGAUUAUUGCGGCCUUUAUAUUUGGAGGAUGUUGCUCAAAUGUGUUUGCCCUGGAGGCUCUGAUACAAGAUGAUCCUAACUAUGGGACCCUUAUUACCUUCGCACAAUUCGUGAUCAUUGCACUUCUUACAUUUCCGACUAUUCUGUCCCCGGCCGCCGGACCCAAAUCUCUCUUCAUCCUAAAACCCGCCAUUCCCUUGAAAUCAUGGGCUAUAUAUACCGCAUUUUUCAUGUCGGUGAACUUACUCAACAAUGCAGCCUUUAUCUUCAAGAUAUCAGUGCCUCUUCACAUCAUCGUUCGAAGCGGCGGGCCAGUUGCUUCAAUGGUGGUUGGAUACCUGUACAACUCGAGGAGAUACACGCCUAUGCAGGUUAUUUCGGUUGCUAUUCUGUCUGCGGGAGUUAUCGCUGCAGCUAUUGCCGAUGCCAGCGCAAAAGGGAAAUCAUUGGAUCUUGGACUGGCGGCAAGUGAAGGGUCCUCUAUGUUCAUGACCUUAGCAGGGUUCACGAUCCUCGGCUUGGCAAUGGCUUUAGCUGCCUUCCAGGGCGUAUAUGCGGAUUGGUUAUACCAGAAAUAUGGCCGUGACAACUGGCGAGAAGGCUUGUUCUAUUCGCACGCCCUGUCCAUACCAUUUUUACUUCCCUCAUAUCCUCAACUAUACCCGCAGUUGAAAUUCCUGCUGGCAUCUCCAUCUGUGAGCAGUGUCAUCAAAGCCAGUUCUGCCACCGCACUCACUUCUCAAAGCCCAUCCCAAUUCCUUGCACCAGUCUUGCCAUUCCUGGAUCUCCUUGCGAACCACCCUUCAACACAACCUAUACUUUCCAUGGUUCCGAUCAAAAUAUCCUAUCUUCUGCUUAAUGGGUUGACGCAAUACCUUUGUAUACGAGGCGUCUACCUCCUAUCUGCGAAGACCUCCUCUUUGACAGUGGUUAUUGUGCUGAACAUCCGCAAGCUCGUAUCACUGAUUCUGUCUGUGUAUCUCUUUGGCAACGUUCUCACUUUUGGAGUACUUGCUGGCGCUAUAUUAGUGUUUUUGGGCGGUGGAAUAUACGCUUAUGAAGGAGCAAGGUUGAGAAGACAGCAAAGCAAAGAAAAGAACACAUAG